UCGAAACUGAGAGGCAUCUGACCAAGCUGAUCAAUCAGAUUGAGGAGGCAAAUAACCCACCUUCAGCUUCAGCUUCAAACGAAAAUUUAAACAGACACCUCCAAUUUCCUACUAAUUACGAUUGUUACAUUUUUCGCUAUCUGUGAUUUGAGAUUGUUACCGUUAUUUCUGUUUUUCUAACAGCAGUCGUUUGAUUGUCUCUCUUACAGGCUUGGAUUGUACUUAGAUUUGCAAUGAACUUAUAAAAUGAUGAAAUAGGUUAGUCAAGUGAAAAUGCUACCACUGGCAAUGCCAUUGUGGUAGACGCAGAGUGAAUAAUACGGCACAUAUUUGUCAUAGAAUGUCAUUGCCAUCCACCCCUCAUCUCAAUCUCACAGCAUUAUGUAAGGAGGGACAGUUGGUGGAGGCGCUGCGCAUUCUGCUUACUACACACAUACCUCCCAGAGAUUCCUCUACAUAUUUUCAAUUAUUGCGGACCUGCAUUCUUAAAAAUGCCCUUACACAAGGGAAAAAUGUUCACUCUUUCAUCGUUCAUAGGCGCUUUGCAUUUGCUACACGCACAAAUUUUCAGAACAAGCUUAUUAACAUGUAUGUCAAGUGCGGAAGUUUGGUUGAUGCUCGUAAAGUGUUUGACCUCAUGAAAGUACGAAACAGCAUCUCAUGGAAUACGAUUAUUGGAGCAUAUCGACAACAUGGGUAUCCUCACGAGUCAGUCACUUUGUUUCACCAAAUGCAACGAACAGGUUUUCAACCCGAUCAGUUCACAUUUGCCACCGUACUCCCAGCUUGUGCCAAAAUGGGAGCUUUGGAACAGGGUAUGGACAUCUAUCAAAGCAUAAAGGAUAGUGGAAUUUCGUCAAAUGUUGUAGUUGCAACGGCCCUGGUAGACAUGCUUGCAAAAUGUGGAAGCAUAGACAAGGCACGCGAAGUAUUUGACAAAAUGCCUCAAAGAGAUGUCAUCUCAUGGAAUGCAAUGAUUGUAGGAUAUGCACACAAUGGGCUUGUUGAAAAGGCUUUAGAAACUUUCAAGCAAAUGCAAUUGGCAGGUGUAAAGCCUGAUUCUAAAACCGUUGCCAGCAUCCUUCCAGCCUGUGCUACAAUAGGAGCAUUGGAAGAGGGUAUGGACAUCCACCACAGCAUAACGGAAGGCGGAUUUUUGUCAGAUGUUGUAGUCGCAAGUGCCCUGAUAGACAUGUAUUCAAAAUGUGGAAGAGUAGAGAAGGCCCGGGAAUUGUUUGACAAAAUGCCUCAAAGAGAUGUCAUAUCAUGGACUGUCAUGAUUGCAGGAUAUGUUCAAAAUGGAUUCGUUGAAAAGGCCUUACAAACUUUUAAGCAAAUGCAACUGACAGGUGUAAAGCCAGAUUCCUCAAUCUUUGCUAGCAUCCUCCCUGCCUGUACUCAUAUUGGAGCUUCGGAACCGGGUAUAGCCAUCCAUCAAAUCAUAACUGAAGGCGGAUUUUCGUCAGACGUUGUUGUUGCAAGUGCUCUGGUGGAUAUGUAUGCAAAAUGUGGAAGCAUAGAAAAGGCACGUGAAAUGUUUGACAGAAUACCUCAAAGAGAUGUGGUCUCAUGGACUGCAAUGAUCGUAGGAUACGCACAAAAUGGAUUUGUUGAGAAGGCCUUAGAAACUUUCAAGCAAAUGCAACUGGCAAGUGUAAAGCCAAAUUCCACAACCUUUGCGAGCGUCCUUCCAGCCUGUGCCAAAAUGGGAGCUUUGGAACAGGGAAUGGAUAUCCAUCAAAGCAUAAUUGAAGGAGGAUUUUUCUCAGAUGUUGUCGUUGCAAGUGCCUUGGUAGACAUGUAUGCAAAAUGUGGAAGCAUAGACAAGUCAUGUGAACUGUUUGACAAAAUGCCUCAAAGAAAUGUGGUCUCAUGGAAUGCCAUGAUUGCAGGAUAUGCACAAAAUGGAUUAGUUGAAAAGGCUCUAGAAACUUUCAAGCAAAUGCAAUUGGCAGGUGUAAAGCCAGACUCCACAACCUUUGCCAGCGUCCUCCCAGUCUGUGCCAAAAUGGGUGCUUUGGAACAAGGUAUGGCCGUCCAUCAAAGCAUAACAGAGGAGGGAUUUAUGUCAGAUGUUGUACUUGCUAGUGCUCUGGUAGACAUGUAUGCAAAAUGUGGAAGGCUAGAUAAGGCACGUGAACUGUUUGACAAAAUACCUCAAAGAAAUGUGGUCUCAUGGAACGCCAUGAUUACAGGAUAUGUCCAAAAUGGGUUUGUUGAAAAGGCCUUAGAAACUUUUAAGCAAAUGCAACUGAUGGGUUUAAAGCCAGAUUACGUGACCUUUGCCACCAUUGUCUCUGCCUGUGCUCAAAUUGGAGCUUUGGAAAUGGGUAGAGCUAUCCAUCAAAUCAUAAUUGAAAGUGGAUUUUUGGCAGAGGUUGUAGUUGCAAGUGCCCUGGUAGACAUGUAUGCAAAAUGUGGAAGCAUAGACAGAGCAUGUAAACAGUUUGAUAGAAUGUCUGAAAGAGAUGCGGUCUCAUGGACUUCAAUGAUAGUAGGAUACACACAAAAUGGAUUUGUUGAAAAGGCUUUAGAAACUUUCAAGCAAAUGCCCUUGGCAGGUGUAAAGCCAAAUUCCACAACCUUUGCCAGCAUCCUUCCAGCCUGUGCCAAAAUGGGAGCUCUGGAACAGGGUAUAUUUAUACAUCAAAGCAUACUGGAAGGGGGAUGUUUGUCAGAUGUUGUAGUUGCAAGUGCCUUGGUAGACAUGUAUGCAAAAUGUGGAAGCAUAGACAAGGCACGUGAACUGUUUGACAAAAUGCCUCAAAGAAAUGUGAUCUCAUGGAAUGCCAUGAUUGCAGGCUAUGCACAAAAUGGACUUUGUAAGGAUGCUCUCAAAAUCUUUGAAUUGAUGAAGCACUCUGGAACAUAUCCUGACAUCGUAAGCUUUGCUUGUGUUCUAUUUGCAUGCAGCCAUGCAGGUUUAGUGGAUGAGGGCUGUACAUACUUCAAUCAUAUGGGUAACCUUUACUGCAUGACACCUACGGUUGAUCAUUAUGUGUGCAUGGUUGAUCUUCUUGGCCGUGCUGGCUAUCUUGAGGAUACCCUAAAAUUUAUCAUUAAGAUGCCAGUUAAACCUGUGGUGGUUGUGUGGAUGUGUUUUCUUGGUUCCUGUAGAUCACAUCUGAAUAUAGGCUUAGGAGUAUUUACAGCAAUGCUGCUCUUUGAUUUGGAUUCUAAAAAUGCUGCGACUUAUGUUCUUCUCUCAAACAUCUUUGCAGAAGUGGGCAGGUGGGAUGAGGUUCAAAUGGUAAGGAGAUUGAUGAAAGAUAGAGAAAUUAAAAAGAUCCCUGGAUGUAGUUGGAUUGAAGGCCAUAAAACAGUACAUGCUUUUUGUGCGGGAGACAGAUCACACCCACAGACACAGGAGAUCUAUGCAAAGUUGGAGAAAUUGUCUUGGGAAAUGAAGGCAGCAGGGUAUUUUCCAGAUUCAGAACAGUCAGUAAAUGAUGUUGAAGAGGAGGAAAAAGAAUUAUUUAUCUGCCACCAUAGUGAAAAGUUGGCAAUUGCAUUUGGUUUGUUAAACACACCCCAUGGAACAACUAUUAGAGUUGUUAAGAACCUUAGAGUAUGCGCCGAUUGCCACAGUGCAACGAAACUUAUCUCCAAGAUUGUUGGAAGAGAAAUUGUUGUAAGAGAUACAAACCGUUUCCAUCAUUUUAAACAGGGACAAUGUUCUUGCAGAGAUUAUUGGUAAUGCUAAGCAAUCUGAAAAGAAGGCCUGCACUUUAAUAACGUGCACCGUCAUACCUGCAGUAAUAAUGAAGGGACAAGGAAACCUAUGUGCGUGUCUUGAAAAGCUGGAGGAGGAGGCGGGGAAUAAGUAAAAACAAAAUAUGGGAACACCUCAAGUGAAUGGAAAGAUGCUAGACCAGUAGGAAAUGGUUCACAAUCAACCCUUGCCAUUUGUAUGAUUAUUUUGUUACACAUUUUAGA